GAGUGAUCAACAAUUAAUUGAAUGGACAAGAUUAGGUAAAUCUGGUUUAAAGAUCUCCAAAAUCAUCAUUGGAUUCAUGUCUUAUGGUUCAAAGAAAUGGGCAGAUUGGGUUGAAGAUGAUGAAGAGAAAAUCUUUUCAAUUCUAAAGAAAGCUUAUGAUUUAGGUCUUAGAACUUAUGACACAGCUGAUGUUUAUAGUAACGGUUAUUCUGAAGUUAUUUUGGGAAAGUUCUUAAAGAAGUAUAACAUCAAAAGGGAUAAAGUUGUCAUUUUAACAAAAGUUUUCAAUCCAGUUGAUGAAGACUUGGACCUAAGACAUGGUGCUCGUGGCCCAGAUGUUAAAGAUGUUGACUUAAUCAAUUCUAAAGGGCUAUCAAGAAAACAUAUAUUCGAUGGUGUUGAAAAUUCUGUCAAGAGAUUAGGUACCUAUAUUGAUGUUUUACAAAUUCAUAGAUUGGAUAAGGAAACAGAGCCUGAAGAAAUUGUUGAAGCAUUGAAUGAUGUUGUUGACCAAGGUCUUACAAGAUACAUUGGUGCUUCUUCAAUGAGAGCUACUGAAUUUGCUGAGUUACAAUUUACAGCUGAAAAAAAUGGAUGGCAUAAAUUUAUUGUUGUUCAAGAUUUAUACAACUUACUAUAUCGUGAAGAAGAGCGCGAAAUGAUUCCUUUCGCUAAAAAGCAUGGGGUUGGUAUUAUACCAUGGUCUCCAAAUGCAAGAGGUGUAUUGACUAGACCAUUAUCGGAAACUUCAGAAAGACAUAAAUCUGAUCCUCAAUUUAAAAAUUUGGGAUUGAACAACUUAACUGAAGAAGAUAAAGAGAUUGUGAACAGAGUUGAAGAAGUUGCUAAAAAACACAAUGUUUCACAGGCUAUUGUUGCAACUGCUUGGGUUUUAAGUAAAGGCACCUAUCCAAUUGUCGGAUUAAACAGUGUCGCAAGAGUGGAAGAAGCUGUUGUUGCUUCUCAUUUCAAAUUAACUGAGGAUGAAAUUAAUUACUUGGAGGAGCCAUAUAAGCCAAAGAAAGUAGUUGGUUUUGCUCAAUAGUCAGUUCCAAGCUAUAUAUUAAU